AUGAACAAAAAUAUCCUCCUUUGUGCCUGUGGCGUGCUUUCUCUUACCAUCCUCGCCGGUGCUGCUGUAGGUGAUGGUAAUGGCAAAAUCUUCGAUAUAACUCACAGAAUCACUUCCAGGUUGCCAAUUUUUAACUCAAAGAACGUGCUCGGUCACUUCAUUCGGCUUGUUUCCAGCAUUAAGAAUGGAUCCUUGGCUAAUGAAUCUGAGUUUAAGUUGGGAACCCACACCGGCACCCACGUUGAUGCCCCGGGCCACUUCUACCAAAAGAAUUAUGAGCAGGGCUUUGAUGUUACUACUCUUAGCCUCCAAACACUUAAUGGUAAACUCAGAUUAUAA